AUGGGAGGGUGUGAGGGCGAUAGACUUAGCAACCUUCCACGUAAUAUCAUGGAUAACAUUCUUAAGUCAUUGUCUGUGGUUGAAGCUGUGAGGACAAGCAUACUCUCAAGAGAAUGGCGGUAUAAAUGGGUAACUAUUCCACAUCUCUGUUUUAAUUGGAAAACUUUCCCACCAAAAUCAACUCAAAAGUACAAACCUUCGUCCGUCAUCUAUCAAGUAUUGUUACUUCACAAAGGGCCUAUAGUCAAGUUCUCACUCAAAACUGGUUAUCCAGUGAUUUAUAUUGAUCAUCUUGACCAGUCCCUGCAAUUCUUGUCAAAUCAUCCCAUAGAGGAACUCACACUCGACUAUCACCCGCUACGCCCGAUUUCUCACUUUCUAUUUGCUUUUGAGCAUCUCAAACAUCUGUAUCUCGUUGAUGCUGCUCUUAGGCCUCCUCCCACCUUCAAAGGAUUAGGUAGGCUUGUAACCCUUCACCUUGAACAGGUCUACUUUUUGCCUGGAGAGUUGAAAAAGUUUAUCACUCAAUGUCCAGUGCUCGAGUGUUUGAAUUUGAUAGACACUUGUGACGCAUAUAGAUGGUACGAGCUUCAGAAUAUUGAUACUCCUAAUCUCAAGUCCUUCUAUUUCUCAGGCUUCUUCAUACUAAUUAACUUUAAAAAUGCACCACUCCUUACUGAGUUGUCAAUGAUGUCUUCGUCAUACGGUGUUAAUGACUAUCAGAAUGAUGUGAUCGAGUAUGUCGAUCCAUUUGGUGACAUCGCAAUGCUGGCGUACGAUGACCCCUUAUUCGAUUCUCAGUUGAUCGAGUUUCUCAAUCGACUUUCUUCCAUCACAAGACUGGAGUUAGAUGGCUGUGUUCUCUAUGUCUUGAGUAGAUUUGGCCUGCCACAGAAACUUCCUCACAACCUUAACUUUCUACAUUUUCUUUCGUUUCCAAGAAUUUCGUUUAGUUCCAUAUCAGAAGUGAGUUGUGCAGUUUGCUUGAUCAGAAGCUCUCCUAAUUUGCGGAGUCUUGAAAUUACCGUAAGUGACACCACUAUUUCCAGGUUAUCAACCAGCUCAGAUGUGCCGGAAAUGAAGACAACCGCUGAAUUUCUGAUGAAGAUGCAAAAGGAAGGUGAAUUUCCUGUCAUGAGUCGGCUUGAGUAUGUGAAGAUUGAAGCACUCUCAGGCUUGGAACCCGAAAUGGAAUUCGUGAAGCUUCUCCUGUCAGCUGCAACUGUUCUUAGUAAACUUGAAAUCUGCUCCAUAUAUUCAGGAGCAGGAUCAGAAGCGGGAUCCAAGAUGUUCAAUGAGUUGUUGAGUUUCAGACCAUCAUUUCCGAACGUCCAAUUCAUAUUAGAACAUCUUAAUCUUAAUCCCAUUUGA